UAGCAGUGCCGCUUGCGUUUAUUGAAGAUGAAGCACAUAUUUAAGACUUAAACCUUUUGCUGUUGUUGUUGUUGUUCGCAUGACAUUAAAAGCUGCGGUUAACCAGAAUGACAUAAUGCACUUUGGGGAAUUCUUGUCUGGAAAUUACAUUCUUAACGCGCAUGCGCAUUUACUCCUACGUAUAUCAAUGGAAGCAGUGUUUCGUUUUCAGAUGCCACCAGAACUACUUUACCUUGUGGUGUUAUUAUUACUAGUAAUAGAUGGACAGCACGGUUGUUAUAUCGCCUGAUAAACAAUUACAGCGCUAUUUUGGCUCCCUAAGUAAGUGUAUGACUGGGUAUUUGGUUGAAAGGAUGUCCAGCUGUUUGUCUCGAUCCCAUACAAUCACGGCGUACGAAGCACAGAUUAUCACAUCCCAGCCCACGGACAUGCAGAAAGCCUCCAGGCUGAUGCAGAUUGUCAUUAAAAAAGGUCAAAGUGCUUGCAGUUCGUUCCUCGCAUGCCUUGGAAUUUGUGACCCGGUGUUGUAUGAGAAUGUUACUGGAUUCCCAGCACAAUUUAAUGAAGAGGACCAUCAACAUGUAGAGCAAGUUCCUCUCUCAGAAAAAUUGCAAUUUACACCUUGUAUUAUAAACAUAAAAAACUCUUCCCUGACCAACUGUAUUAUUGGGAACAACAAUCGCCAAUGCAUUACCUGUGACCAGCAUUCUUUGCUCGCUCAGAAUGAUGCAAGUGAUGUGAAUGAAAUGCCGGAUAUUCAGAGCAGUGAUCAACUGAUCCCGGUGCAGGACACAAUAAGUGUCAACAGCGUUCACAUGGAGAGAUCCAACAUAGAGUAUGUUAUUAUAGGUGACCAUAACAGUAUGACAGUCACUGAGAACUCGGAGGCUGAGGAGGAUACGGAGACUGAGCCAGAAGUGAUUGGUUAACAGACUCACAGUUUUGGAGAGCUGCAGAUUGUCACCUCACCUUACCGGGCCUGACCUAUAAUUGGACACUGAAAGCAUAAUAUAUGCUUUAAACUGACCAGUGCUCAGGUCCUCAGCAGGUGCUGCCAAACGCACUGAAACAUUAUCCUUUAUCGUGGAUUUUUCUAAACCUGUGUGCCUUGAGGUGGCAAUGAUAUUUGAUACUGCCUUGAUUGUUACUGAACAUGACUGCUACUGACUGUUUCUCAUGUUUUAAUGGGUACACACAUAUUUAUUUGUUCAACAGAAAUGUAUGAAAGCAAAUAUGUUGACAGACAUUGCAAACAUUGCAAGUCUUUUAUAAGCUUAAGCUUUCUGUAAUGAUACGUAAGUAUUGUUUACAGUCUAAUGUCUUUCAGUAAUAUUUGUAUAUGUAACUUAACUUAAUAUCUAUUGAUAUUAAUUGUGACAGAUACUCCUGAUGUUUCAGUAAAUAUUCUCUGAUAGCAUCUCAGUGUAUCCCUUUAUUACUUUUUUUUGAAUUUCUAAUAAUUUUAUGUAUGUUGCUAAGUGAUAUGACAUGUAAGGUCAUGUCAUACAAUCAUUUUAUGUAUACUGAAGAAGGAAUGUAGCACACAUUUAUGAUUCUGGAGUAAUAUUUUGAAAUAUUUCUUUGAAAAUUUGAAAUUAAACCAAUUAGAGUGCUCUCUCAGCUGGUGUAACUGUCUAGACUAAAAUAUUACAAAAUUUAGUGUCUUUACUUUAAAUAAGUACCAAUUUGCAUUAUAUAACUGGGCCACCUAUCUUGGCCAGGACAUUCCUGUAAAUGAGAUUUUUAAUCUCAGUGAGGUUCUUUCCUGGUUAAGUAAAGGCUUAAUUAAUAUCUUCUUAAAAUAUUUAUAUAACUCAUAGCAGUGGAGAGAAAUCACAGACAUUAAAAGCCUUGUCCAAGGAGGUCUGCGAUCUAAAUAAAUGUCCUUUUUAUGAUAUUUAAUUCAUAGCAGAGUAUGUUCAUUUAGACAUGUAUUUUUAGACAUUUUCUGUGUUUUAAAUUACCUUUGCAAAUUAAAAAAUAU